GAUAUUAAGGAAUGUCAACCCGGAACGAACAUGUAUGCAAGAAGCACAAACCCAUUGCUGAAUAGAGAAGAAGAUCUGUCAAAAAUAGACUACGAUCGAUUUGACACUGAAGAUGAUAUUGAAAGUGUGACGUCGUACGAUUCACAUCAGUUCAAAAGGGGAGAGGAAAAUCUAGGUGACGAAGAAAAAGGAGCAACUUUGGACAUGUAUGAAGACGAAAUUGUCGUACAGCACGGCGACAUUGAUGCCCUGGCAAUGGUUCUUGAGCAACAUAAACAAGAAAAAGCUGCAUGCCGUGAAAGUUUGAUUCAGAGCGAAAAGAUUAACGGUCACCUUAGCACUGAAGAUUUUACGCAUUCGUUUGACAAUGAAGGUUUCCAAUUGAGUUUGGAAACAACCGAAGUGUAGAGUUCACAAAACUUUUCUUCAGUAUAAUUUAAGUCAAAGCCAGUGUUUUUCUACGUUUUGUUUUCCUUUUGAUUAAAUAUAGGAAAGUUUGAGGGGAGAACCAGUGUCUAUA